GGGCGGCGCCGUUGCCAUGGUGACGCGGCCUACGCGCGGGGAUGGCGGCCCGGGCCCCGAUGCCGGGCCCGAUCCCGGCUCCUCUCACGGGCGUUCCCUUCCUGAAGGCCUCCCACCUGCAGCUGGGCGCCUCCCGCGGCGUCCCGCAGGAGAACAGUCGGCCAUUUUCUCACGUUCAGUUCCCCCCUUUCUGGGGGGAUCACAGGCCGACGCCGGCCGAGCCGCCCCGCAGCGGGGACGUGUUGGGCCGGAGCGGGGCUGAGGGCGGGGGGCGCUGCUCAGAAACGCGCCUGGCGUUCCCGGAGAAGCCCCUGCAGCGCGUCGUCCCCACCCUUCCCCCAGCGCCGUGCAUCCGUAUGCACGCAGACCCCCGCAUUCGCAUCUGCUCCUCAGCAAUGAGGGACAGCUACCCCUACCCCGCAGCCCCCCCCCCACAACCCGCCCUCCCCAAGGUGCAGGAGAGCAGUGAUAGAGUUCUUUGUGGAGACAGAGAGAAAAUCACACUCCCUCCAUCAGUCCACACCACCUCAUAUCCAGCACACGAGGUCCACCCUGCUGCCAGGGCGCGUCACUCACACAGGGGAUGUGAUCCCAUUAUUAAAGGGGAUGGACAGCCCUAUUACCAUACUUCUCAUCAAACGGAGUUUAAGGGUGAAUACAGUCCACCUGCACAGCCAAGUGAGAAGCACAAAUCUCGCAUUAAAUUUGGGGAUCCCAGAAGCAGCGGAUCUACGAGUGAGCAGAAAUAUGCCUACACUGCCCCAGACAAAAGGGAGCACAGGUUCUAUGACAAGGAAUGCGCUGCCUUCCAGAUCCACCACACAAACAUGCAGCUAGGGGAUGGUCGCACCAGGUUCUCCACCUCAAUGUCAGAGCUCUUUCCAGUACAUAACGCAGAGCCUGUAGCUAUUGCCUGCCUGAACAGAAACACUUCAUCCAUCCCCAGAGGUGAUGAAGACCCGGAGAGAAAUCAUGCACUGGCAAGAAUGACCACGACACAGUUCUGCUACCCAGAGACUGGCAGGUGGAACUUCUCACCGAAGCCUGACUUGCUACUGCAGAAACAUCGAAGCAAUGUCUGCUUAGGAGAUGACCGUUCAGGCUCCUGUUUCUUCAGCACAACGCAGCACUCAGACUAUCAGCCACCACACCAGCCCCAGAGGGUGACAGGAGACAGCAAGAAGCACCGGGACAGCCACAUCCCCUUCAACUACUACAAUGAAAAUCCCAUCACAACCACGCAGGCUACGCUGGUCCCACACAGACAGCAGAAGCAACGACUCUCUGAAGACAUGCUACAGCAGAUGAAACGCUCACACCUGGUGCUGCCCUGGAAGGAGCAGAACUUCUUCAGUACUGAGCAGAAGGAUGAGUUCACACCCAAGUACGGAGACACAGCAGAAAUCCAAGCAGCAAACUCCCACGUGAGCUGCGUCCCACUGGGGACCCUGAAAGAAUACUGCUCCCAGAGAAAGAUCUUGAUGCAAUUUCAGACACAGAAAGUUCUGCUGGCUUUUGGGGAAAGGGUCUUUGCUUUCUAAGCCCCACUCCAACCACUCACAGAAAUGCCUCAGGACUGCCUGAGUUGGGAAGGCCAAACAGACCCCGCAAUGUGAAACCAGCACAACACCCCUCCCUGCAGACGGAGCCACCAGCACGUACCCACGGCACAUCAACAGCGUCUGUGACUCAGAGAUAAGA